AUGGAACAGAAAUGCAUGGUGAUCGACAAAAAAUAUUUUCUGAAUUUAUCUUGUGAGGAACUAGAGCAUAUAACAUCAGAUCUUAAUGUGAAAAUAGUUUCAGACAGUGAUACUUUCGACGAUUCAAAGUAUCCAAAAGAUGACAGAGCUGAAAUUGAUGUUGAAUAUUUGUUUGUCAGGGUACAAUACACUCUAAGGAAUCAAAUAGGAAAGUCAAGCAACCAGUUUUCAUGCACUCCUGAAGUAAUCGACAGAUAUGUUCGAAGUGUAUUUGACCUGCCUUCAAAAACGUAUGACGAACUGUGCUAUCAAGCUUGUCAAGCUGAACCACCCAUCGUUGUACUGAAUGUUUCAGUGAUAGAAGCUAAAAACCUGGAGGCAAAAGAUUUAAAUGGAUUUAGUGAUCCAUAUUGUAUCUUGGGAAUCGUAUUCGGUCGUUACUUUGGACAAAACGAAAAAUCCAUCGUUUCAGAUGCUUGCAUCAAUAGUUCAACCACAGUGACAGGUCAGAAUGAUACAGAUAAUAUACACGCAUCGAGUUCGAUUCCUGUAUCAGGGAGAAAGGGAAUAGAUAAUAAUAGUCGAAUGACACUUUCCCGUUCAUCUUUCCGACGUUUCGGUCGGUCAUUUCGCAAGCAUACAAAUAUGAGUGAUAAGGGACAAAAUGUCCACAGUGAUUUGCAAAAGAUUUCUGGUUCUAAUUGGUCAAAAUCUGUGGCAAAUAAAGAAGGAAAUAUUCCAAUCGGUGUAAUGAAAUCAACUCAAGUUAAAGAACAAACAUUGAAUCCUGUAUGGAAUGAAACAUUUCGACUAGAAAUAGAUGAUGUAUCAAUCGACAAACUACAUUUGGAUAUAUGGGAUCAUGAUGAAGAAACAAGUGUUUUAGAAGCAGUUCGAAGUUUGAAUGAAAUUCGAGGCGUGAAGCAACUAGGCCGUUACUUUAAGCAAGUCAGUCAGUCUGCACGUAAAAAUCAAACUGGUGAUAUGGACGACUUUUUGGGUUGUAUAACAAUAGAUAUAAAGGAUAUACCAUCCACAGGUUUUGAUCGUUGGUUCAAAUUAGAGGGUCGAUCGAAUCGUUCAAGAGUUCAAGGUGAAAUUCAUUUAGCACUUAGUUUAAGUGCACAAUCGGAUGUGAGUGAAUUUGAAAGUGAUAAGACCGUUGGAAUUCAAGAACACAUUCAAUUAUGUUAUUUAUUCAUGCUUCAUCAGAUUAAGCAGGAAAAUACUACUGGAAUUUCAUGGGAUGGUAAUAUAGCUGAUGAAGGCGAAGUAAUUCUUCACCAGCAUGCUAUUCAGAAUGGACUGACAGAAAUUCAAGUUUCAGUGUGUCAGUGGAUUGCACUAGCGCGUUUAAACUGUUCCACGUCUAUCAAUCAAGUUAUACUUUUACACACGUUCAAACGUUUAUUAUCUUUAUGGUCAGACAAGUCACUUACCAGAGAAGAGCUAAAUUACCUGUCAGACUCAUUCAAAACAUUUACUGAAUAUUCUCUGGUUUUAAUGUGUCGUUCUCACCUAGUCUUCCAUAAUAUUCAGUCUGAAAAGUUGUUGGAUCUCAACCAUCUACUUGAGUGUUUAUGUAUGUUGCAUAACUCACGCCUGUUUCAGUUCAGUUCGCCAUUUUCAAAUUCCCUGCAGAAGCAAUUCAUGACAUCAUUUAAGAAAUUAGAGUUGGAGCCUCAUGAAAUAUCACAACUGAUUAUGUUAAUGAAGUUGAUGUUCAAAGAUUUACACCAAUGUAGGGAAGUUUAUUUGCCAAUCAUCAAAACACAUCUCGAUCUCAAUGCCUUCACAUAUAUGUAUAAAUUCUAUGCGCAUUCAUUACAUCAAGAUUACAUAAGGACAGAUGUUCUACAGUAUCUUACACAGCCAGUCACCAGUCAAGAAUCCGCAACAAAAUGCACUUUAUCCAAUCGGAAGCAGUCUUCAGGAAAGACAACGGAUUUGAAAAUGUUGUUUGUUCUUUAUUUAUUACUUAAAAAAUUCGAAAAUAUGUUGGAUAUUACAACGGAAGUGAAGGAACAAAAGAAAUCAAGGAAUUUCGAUUGGUAUUCAUGGUUUAAACCGGUGCUUUCAUACUGGAUUCAGCAGAAUAGUUUCCAGCUCUUGGCCAGUAUUGAUUAUGAUAUUCAGAAUGACCAGCUUACUGCUAGUAAUGAAAAACUGGUGAAUUUUAUACCUGAGGAAAUUGAAAAAGAGAAAUCUUUUGGUCUACACUCAUUAUCGAGUAUAAGGACAGCGAAUAAUCUGACAGGAGUAAUGCGUACAUGGAUGUUGGUUGAUUGGCCAGAUGAACAGACAAAGCAUAACUUUACUAUAGAAAUUGUCAGAGUUACAUGUGAAAGUGCAUUGACGUAUGCGAGACAGUUACACGAAAAACUACGUUUACAAGGAUACUGUGAUGAAGAAGGUCAAUUCGACAUUUCAAACUCGCUUUCUGUUGGUUUAAACAAUCUUGAACUGAUCUCGAAAUUAGUCCAGUGGAGUUUGCUAUUUCUAAAUAUACAGACCCCAUGGUCGCGAAGUGACUCUAAAAGGAAUAAUAAUAACACAUCGUCAGCAACUCUUACUACCUUCAAUGCUGACAAUAGUAUAACUUCUCAAAGUAACAACAGUAAUGUGACCAGUGAUGCUACGGUUGAAAAAUGUAAAUCCACGGAUGAUGAAGAAACGAAAAUCUCCUACCAGAAAUUGGAAACAUUGAAACGCCUUCAACACAAUGGUUACAGUGAGCUUAUUCGAGUAUUGAAUCGCACAAUUUAUCGCAUGAAUGCCAAGAUGAGACCGGAAAUACGAAAAAAUGUCUUUCAUCUUUGUUGGAGCCUACGAUCGACUCCAGUUGAUAAGGCUAUGCACGAGUUACUUGUUUACUUAGAAUCGAAUAUAAAAACAUUAAAAAAUAAUGUCUCAAGUAAUCUACUACAACGUUGUUUACUGUCUAUAUGGCAUGAAUGUUUAGAACAAUAUAUUGAACAGACAGUUAAAGAGGCUGAGAUUGGAUCAAAUAGUGUUGGUGGUCCUGGAGUGUAUUUACAGUUGAAGCAAAAUUUUAAUACAUUAGAAAAUUGUUCAACUGUUAUCCCGUUGUCUACACAUGAAAUGCAUGAAAUUUUGCCCAAUUUACCAGUGGAUAUUGAUAAAAAUCAAGUAUUUCGAGCGAAAUCAACUUUAGAAAGAUUGAAAAAGUCACUAGGCAUCUUACUUGAUUUUUUCUAUAAAAAUAGUGAUGAUCAAAUAACUAGAGGUGAUCUAGAAACAGAAGAGUACCAUAAUGUUCACUAUUUAAUUCAGUUGUAUAACAGCAGCACCCCGGAGGUUGUUGAACAAUAUUUUAUUGAAAAGCUUCAAGAGCAAGAAUUAGCCUGUUCCUCAUCAUAUGGUAAACUGACAGUUAAAGUUAACUAUCAGCGCUCAACAUUACAUGUAGACAUACAACGAGCUAAGAAUCUUGUACCGCUUGACUCAAACGGUUUAUCGGAUCCAUUCAUAAUUAUCGAACUAUUACCUAAACAUUUAUUCUCUGAGACUCCGAAAUCCUCGAGAACAAAGAUUGUCAAGAACACAGUUGAUCCUGUGUUUGAUGAACACUUUGAAUUUUCUGUUACACCUGAAGAAUUACAGCAUCCAGCUGCUUGUCUAGCAUUUAUUGUUAUGGAUCACGAUUUGAUAAUGUCAAAUGAUUUUGAAGGGUGUGUAUUUGUUCGGCCAUCAGUAACUGUGAAAUCACAAGCUGAAAAAGAAGCAAGUCCAGAGAAUUCAAAACUUGUCUUCUCAACUACGCGAUCGCAAAAUCCAUCUCCUAGUGAAUAUAAACAACAGCAGAUAUGUUUACCGUUAAUACAUCCAAUUAGUAAAAAGAAUGGUGCACUGGAUGUUUUGGGUCAACGUUCGGAUACCUAUGCCCAAGAAAUUUACAAACGUUGGAAAACUAUAGAAGACAGUGAAUUAAACCAAUAA